AGAAUUUCUCGAAAUGGCCCUGCAGCUGCCCCGCACACAACAUUCGUCCACCGCAACCUGAGCUCGACGCUCUGGAACAAGUCGAGUCGGCCAAAGCGAUUCCGCACACGGAUCGCCACAUCCCUCUCCAAGCACUCACAGACUUGGUUCUCCAGCGCGGAGGACCGCCGGCUGAAUGCGCGGGACAAGCACGAAAGGGGCCAAAAAUCCUGCUGCCUUCCCGCCGGCAUCAUGGGAGACGCGGCAGUCGCCGCGCUCAACUCCCUUCUCCGAGGCGCAUCCAUCGAGGACCAUGCCGAAGCACUCAGCCUCGCAAGUGCCGCCGUGCGCGCUGCAAAGGGCCGCGGUGCCGACCUGGCCACAGCCCAACACGCGCGCGUGGUCGCGCUCCUGAAGCUCGACCGCUUCGACGACGCCCUGCGCGCCAUUGCCGAGGGCGGGGAUGCGCUGGCCAACACGUGCGUGCUCGAGAAGGCUUAUGCGCUCUACAAGACGGGGGAUCUGGCGGGUGCCGAAGCCGUGCUGCGGCAUGCUGGCGCCGUCCCGGCAAGGUUGCAGAGGGGCCUGAAGCACCUCGGCGCACAGGUAGCAUAUCGCGCCGAGAAGUUUGAACAAAGCGCCGCCAUCUACCGCGAGCUCAGGGCGAACGACGGCGGUGCGAAGUACGGCGAAGAGAACGACCUGCGGAUCAACCUCUCGGCGACCAAUGCGCAGCUCGAGUGGCAGGGCAAGGGCUGGGCAGUGCCAGAGCACGAGAAGCAGCCCGCGAGGGAAGAUUCGGAGGCAUUCGAGACGUCGUACAACGCUGCCUGCGGCUGCAUUUCCCGCGGGGAUUUCGCGCAGGCGGCUGUCUUGCUCAAGCGCUCAAGAGACCUGUGCGAAGCGACGGAAGACCUGGAUGAGGAGGAGAAAAAGGCCGAGCUGGUGCCUAUCCUUGUGCAGCAAGCAUACGUCUACACGAAGCUUGGGAAACUGGACGAGGCUGCGAAUCUUGGGAAGUUGCUGAGCUUGGAUGACAUCUCGGACUCUUCGACCAAAGUCAUUGCCCGGGCCAACGCCCUUGUGCUCCAAGCCGAGAGCAACCCUUACAUGGCGCAGCGGCUGGCCGAGUCCCUCCCCGACGUCAAGGGAAACGACCGGCUGUUUGAGUACCAAGAUGCUAUCCGGCGAUGCAACAGAUACGUCCUUGAUCUCCAGGUGCAGAAGUUCUCCGGCGUCCAGAAGUCCACCUCCAGGAUACUGUCGGAGGACUCGCUUCCUGCUAUCUCCAGUGCCAAGUGCGACCUUGGCGUCCUCGGUGCCGCGGCUGCCAGCCAGCUACGGACUGGCCAGGACGCCCUGCGCCACGUUCUGCCACUACUCGAGACCCGGCCUAACGACUUGGGCCUCCUGCUCACCGUCAUUCAACUUUAUGUCCAACUCCAGAACCCCAACCCUGCCAUCAACCUCCUGGAAGCUUUCCUCAAGCGCCUGGAGACGGCCACGACACCCGACCACGCAGAUGUGCGCUUCGCACCGGGUCUGGUCGCCCUAGCCGUGUCUCUCUACCGUACUCAAGGCAGGUACUCAGCAAUCCGCAGCGAGCUCGCCAAGGCUGCGGCCCAUUGGCAGCGCAAAACGGGACCCACCUCUUCCGGACCUGGCAUCUCCCUUCUCCGUGAGGCAGGUAUCGAGCUCCUGCGCUCCUCCCAUCCCGCCGACCUUGCCGCCGCAGGCGAGGCCUUUUCACAUCUCGUUGCUGCGCAGCCAGACGACCGCGCCGCCAAGGCCGGGCUCGUGGCCAGCUUCGCAACGAGUGACUUCUCCAAAGUCCAACCCUACCUCGACACCCUGCCGUCCGUUGAAGAGCUUACCCGCGGCGUGGACGUCGACGCCCUUCUCGAAGCAGGCGUUGCGGUAGCUCCCGUCCCCGCCCAUGCCCAGCCGACCCGUGGCAAGAAACGGGCGCUGGAGGAGGACCAAGGAGUCAAAGAGAAGCAGCACCAGCACCAGCAGCUGGCGGCGAAGAAGCGCCGGAAGAGAAAGCUGCCCAAGUCGUACGACCCCAACAAGCAGCCGGACCCAGAGCGAUGGCUGCCGCUGCGCGACCGCAGCAGCUACCGUCCCAAGGGCAAGAAGGGCAAGAAGCGGGCCGCCGAGGCGACGCAGGGCGGUGUGGUGCGGGAGGAGGAGACGCUCGAGCUUGCCGGCGGCGCAGGGUCCGUCAAGGUGGAAAAGGCGCCCGCGGGCGGCGCUGGCGGAGGGGCCGGGAAGAAGAAGAAGAAGGGCAAGAAAUGAACUUAUUUUCAUCUCGCUGCCCGUUUUGCGUGUCUUGCUCGGUCCUAGAUUAGCAUAGCAUCUCCAUCGAAAGAGCCGAAGAGAGGCAGGUGCAUCAUCUUGGGUUGCAUACUGAGAUAGACAAAACUUCAACAAGCGGUCCUGGAGAAACCGCGUCGCACAUCUUCGAGGUCACACGCAAGAAAGACUGCUCUGUAAUACUCUCUACCUUGAGGUAAUACUUGAUCUACCUAUGUAUGCUGCCAAAAACCAAUACCAUUUACUGACCCGCCUUGCUUGCGCCACCGCCCCCGUCUCCCAUC